GCCCCGGAAGUCCCGCCCCACGCUCGUGAGGCGCUGACGGGCUUCGCCGAGGCACAACGUCACUUCUGUCGGCGGCGAAUGAAAUGGCGAGCGGCGGCGGCGGCGGUGGUGGCGGCGGCGGCGCCGGCAAGAUGGCGGACAAGGAGAAGAAGAAGAAGGAGAGCAUUUUGGAUCUCUCCAAAUACAUCGACAAAACGAUCCGGGUGAAGUUCCAGGGCGGCAGAGAAGCAAGUGGUGUCUUGAAAGGAUUUGACCCUCUUCUGAACCUUGUGCUUGAUGGUACCAUUGAAUAUAUGCGAGAUCCAGAUGAUCAAUACAAAUUAACAGAAGACACACGUCAGCUGGGACUUGUGGUCUGCAGGGGGACUUCUGUGGUUCUUAUAUGUCCGCAGGAUGGAAUGGAAGCUAUUCCAAACCCUUUCAUUCAGCAGCAAGAUGGCUAAUGCUUUCUUUGGGUUCUCUCUGAAGACUUCCAGGGUGCAAAUCAUCGUCGAAAAUUAUCAGUGUGUGAGGAGGUUCCUGUUUUGGGGGAGGAGUUUGUAUGUGUGUUUGUUAGUGUAAAAGAAUGGUCGACUUUUAUUUUUGUGGCUUUCCAUAAAUGAUGAGAGGAUUGGGCAUGGUGUGUAAGAAGUAAGCUCUGAUUUUUAUUUUUUCCCCCAAACAAAUGUGUAACUGCAUUGUUUAGAGCUGACAGAGAGAAUAUACUGUCAUGGAAUUGUCUGAGACCUUCUUGAUCUUGUGAGAUUUGAAACCACCACAUAAAAUUAGUAGAGAA